UUAUAUCAGAUAUAUAGUCGCUCCAGACGACAAGAUGUGUUACUAUUCGGAAACUCUUUCACACGCAUUUCCUACUGGCGUAUGGCCAUUAUUUCCUACGUUUGCAUUGUGUAUACCUACUAGCAUACGGCUAUUACUUCCUAUGUCAGAUGUUUGGAAGCAUUCUGUAGAAUUUCCUUUUGCAUACAUGCUUAAGGCAUUACCU